CCUGCACCUUAAAAAAAAGCGCUUGCUGAGCUGAAGGUCACUUAACACUAAAGCGUUCAGCUCUGCGGUCCAAUACGGCGCAUGCGCCGUUGCCCGAGGACCGCUUUGCAGACCAGACUGCAAUAUGGCGAGAAUGCCUGGCAGGGCAGUCCACUCAGAGUACACGCAGUGGAAGUCAGAGCCAGAGAACAUGAGCGUCCGGGAGAAAAGCGGCAGAGCAGGUGAUGAGGUGGAGGAGGAGGAGGAGGAGGAGGAGGAGGAGGAGGAGGAGGAGGGGGAGGGAGAGGAGGACAUCCGAGUGGUCCGGAUCACCGGAGACGAGGAGGAGGAAGAUGCCGAGCUAGAGUGGGAGUCUGAGUCGCUGGCGGACCCCAGGGGUUCAUAUGCUGCAGAUCGGGAAGUGGUCGUUGUGCGGAGUAUAGACCGGUGCCGUGGCGGGCUGGCGGGAGUCGAGGGGGCGGAACCGUGUAGCAGGACCCCUGAGCUCGAGUCUGAGACAGACAAGGAGUCCCCUCGUUCGGACCGGAACAGGCUGAGCGAGAACACGCGCUUGGCCACCCGGUACGCGGUCCGGAUCUUCAGGGAGUAUCUAAGCGACAAAGCGCAAAGUCCCGACUUCGAAACUCUGGGAAAGGAGGCACUGUGCGCUGUGCUGCGCUCCUUUUACGCAGAGGCGCGCUCCAAAAGCGGCCAGCUGUACAGCAAGUCCUCUCUCAUCAGCAUCCGCAGCUCGCUGAACCGCUACCUGAACGAGCCGCCGUACUGCCGCACUUUGGACCUCACCAAGGACCCCGAGUUGCGCGGUGCCAACUUGACCCUGGCGGCUGUCAUACGCAAACUGGAGGAGCAGGGCGCCGGACCAGUGGUCCAGAAGCAGGCCAUCACCCGCUGCGACCUCCGCACCCUGUACACCUGCAGCAACUUUGACGGCCAGACGCCCUUCGGACUGCUGAACAAAGUGUGGUUCGAGACCUGCAUGUACUUCUGCACCAGGGGGAGAGAAAACCAGCGCGAGUUGGAGGAGGACUCGUUUGGCUUGGCUGUGGACGACGACGGUAGGAAGUUCGUCUACUUUAAAGCCUUCGGGCCUUACCACAAGUCCCGCUCCGCGUCCUGGGCUAAGAAGCGCCCCGAGUCGGACGAGGACACGCUGCCGCGGAUGUACGAGACCGGAACCGAGUUCUGCCCCUACGCCAGCUUCGUGAGGUAUGUCUCCAGACGGAAUCCCCUCUGCCGUGCUUUUUUCCAGCGCCCCCGGGACCACUGCUGCCCCGGUGACGCGACGUGGUACGAGAACAAAGCCAUCGGUAAGAACCUGCUGGGGACGAGGAUGCAGAUGCUGUCGCGCGCCGCGAAGCUUUCAAAGACCUACACCAAUCACUGCAUCGGCGCCGUCUCCAUAGCGACGCUCAACAGCAUCGUGGGCGUCGGGUCCGAGGUUGCCGCGUUCUUCGUCUCCACCGAGGCGAUCCGCGGCGUCGGGCAGUCCCAGAUCCAGCUGGUCAUCCCGUACCUCCGGCAGGUGGCCGACUCUGUGGAUCUCCGGUCGAUAAGGGCCCUGAAGAGGGUCCUGACGCGGCGUCCCGCUGAGGAUAUCGAAGCCCCCCUCUCCAAGAAACUCUGCGACGGCUUGGAAGAGUCCCGCGGGAACUUGAAUGAGGAGACCACCGGUGUGUCAGAGAGACUUUUAAACGUUUCCGUUGGUGACGAACAGACGACCACCCUGACCACGGUCCCGUCACAGGACAGGCGGGGCACGAGCACCAUCAGCAGUAUGAGCUCCGCCUCCCCUGCACCUCCACCCCCCUCGGCUGGCAUCCCCACCGUGGCCCGGCUCACCAAAUCAAACGCACCCGUCCAUAUUGAUGUUGGGGGCCACAUGUACACCAGCAGCUUGGCAACGCUCACUAAGUUCCCAAACUCACGUAUCGGUCGUCUGUUCGACGGGACAGAGCCCAUCGUGCUGGAUAGCCUGAAGCAGCACUACUUCAUUGAUCGUGAUGGUCUCAUGUUCCGCUACGUACUCAACUUCUUGCGGACCUCAAAGCUCCUCAUACCAGAUAACUUCAGUGAGUACUGCGCGCUGUACGAGGAGGCCCAGUUCUUCCAGCUGGAGCCCCUGCAGGCGGAGCUGCGGCGCUGGAGGAGCGAGCGGCGGUCCGAGGCCCUCGAUGGACACGCGUGCAGCCGGUGCGUCGUGGUCCACGUGGCCCCUGAGGCGGGGGACCGGGUCUCCCUGAGCGCCGACCGCAGCGUCGUCCGCGAGGUGUUCCCUGAGCUGCAGGACGCUGUGCGGGUCUCCGGCUCUGGGGAGCAACCUACCACGCACGCCGUCCGCUUCCCGCUGCCCGCGCACUGCCGCCUCCACUCUGUACAGGUGCUGGAGCGGUUGCAGCAGAAGGGCUUCCAGAUAGCGGCGGCGUGCGGCGGGGGGGCUGACGCGUCGCAGUUCAGAGAGUAUGUUCUGCUCAGAGGCAAAGGAAGAGGCGACCCACAGCCCGUCAAACAGGAGCCACUGGAAUGAGUGGUUGUUUAACCACGGAGACCAGAGAACUCUAUGGCUUCCGAUCAGAAAUCCUCUCUUCCUAAUUAUUUCCAACCCUGUAAAAAUCAAGCAAUGGACAUUGGCCGACCCAAUUAUAAUAUUAAUGUUUUGUCCCGACUCUUUGAGUUCACGAUCUGUCAAAUUACAGAAGCAAUGUUUCAUAUAAGGGCACAUUUAAUUUUCUUACAUAAAACAUUUCAACAAAUUGGGGGGGAGGUGGCGUGGAUUUUGCUCCAAAAAUUAUUGUUAUUCCUAAAUUAAGUUCAAACAAGAGGGCCUUGCCAUGGUUUUAUAUAGGACACAUUUGUCACCAGGGAUUUAAAGUAAGGACGGGUUGUUAUGAAACCACUCUCAUUAUAAUAGCAGCUGAUGUAGAAGAGACUUAACUGCUAGCUUCUGGUUCUGCUGCAACUAAGCCAUAAUGAUGACAUCCACUUCACUUGGCAAAUAGUAUUUUUAUACCGCAAACAAAAAUGCAUAGUUGGAUUGUAUUUGGGAUUGGUGUUACAAAGGUAUUUCAUAGGGGUUGGUUACUCUCAAAGCACAUCCUUAGAAUUGUUAUUAUUCUAUUUUCCCCAAAUGUGGAUGAAUUAAUAUUUAAUUGACGUUUCAGGGAGUAGAUUAUUCACAAUUAAAUAGGACUGCAAAGCUAAAAGAGCAAAUCAAUAAAUACUUUGAGUAAGCUCCCCUCUAUGUUGCACCAGGUAAAAAAUGAAUUGCUGCUUUUGUUUAAUGGUCUAUUCAUAGUGGUUUCAUUUCCUUUAUAUAAGUUAUGUAUUUUACGAUAAUGCAAAGUAAUGGUGCAUGUUGUGAGACCAACACAGAAUCACAAAUGAUUGUAGCAUAUCAUUAUUGAAUAAUGCUUAACCUCAUAUAUUUUGUUGAUGAGGAUGGAAACAGAUUUUUGCUAGGUCAUGAUUAUUUUAGCAUUUUGAAAAAUAGACAUGUUCCAAGAGAUGGUGCCCAGGUUUUUUUUACCCUGGGUUAAUAUGCAUCAUUCCAGUUCAUCAAUGGAAGAAGCCCCAAUGAGUUUAUGAAAUACACAUAAGGAGCCAAGCUCAUUAGCUAGUAGGCAGCUUCCAUAGCAAAAAUGGACAACACCUUGAUUGAAGCAUUUGCAAUUAAUUAACAAAGAUACUCUCAACAAGUCACAUUUUAAGAAUAUUGUCAAUAAUUGUGCUUUCCGUUUUUUUUUGUAUAAAAGUGAAACUGCACCGUUUUUUUUGUAUAAAAGUGAAACUGCACACACGGCCUGAUUUUCAGGUUUCGCCAGGUGGUAUAUUUUUUCUCUUCAAACUUCAGCACCUCAGCUGCUGUUCUGAACCCAUAAGUCAUGCAUGCUUUAAAUUAGGAUUCAAACUGAAUAUUGUCACUCAAGCUCUUAAAACCUCUAGAAAUAAUACUGUUAAAUAAGUGGAGGAAACUGGAUAUUCAUGUGGACCACAAGCCAAUCAGUUGACUGAAAUCCCACCAACCCCACAGUUGGUUUUUCUCCCAGAUUAAAACUGCAGGAUUACUCUCAAUGAGAAUGAAUGAGGCAUGACUGGUUAAGAAAGUUUUCAUUAUUCAACGACUGUAAUGUUUUUCAAUAUUCAACCGACUGUAUUUUUUGCCACGGAAAUUUGUAAGACUACUAUUAUAAUACAAACCAUUUUUACAUUUAGUGCAUUUUUAGUGCACAU